GGUGGGGGCUGCCCCCUGGACCCCAGUGCCCUCACGCAGCGUUCCCGGCCUCCCCCGCAACGUCUCCGGCGGCCUCUGGGCUGGGCCGGAGCGCGGCGACCGCGGCGCCCCAGCAGCAGCUAGGUGUCAGGCGAAGCCCGGGGCGCCGAGGGCCGCGCAGGCAGGGCGGGUGGGGCGGGGAGCGCGCACGGGCUGGGCCGGCGUGGGGGGGAGGCGGGCUGAGCCCGGGGACAGCGCGGGAGGGGGAGGAGGGGGCAGCUGUGGGCAGGGAGCCGCGCUCGGCCGCCAGCACUAAAGAUGGAGAGGCGCCGGGGCCUCGCAGGGGAGGGGGCUUGGCGUUGACGUGAGACGCGGCGGAGGCGCCGCAGCCUGUGGUGAUUUGCUAACCUCGCGGCAGAGAGGAGUUGAGGGCGAUGAGAGCGGGUACUGCGAACUGCCGGGCGCUGCCGCCGCUGCCGCUGUGAUCCCGAGAGCAACAGUUCCCCAGCAACACCCCUCCUCGAGGCAGGCACACGCCCCCUCCCCCCCACAACCCCAAGCCGGCAGGCCCGCACGCCCACCCCGCGAAGCCCGGCUCGGCAGCGUCUCUUGCACUCGUCCAGGAAAUCCACCGUGCCCCGCCACGCAGAGCAGAGACGCCAGGGGAGCCUAAUGCCUGAGCCGAGGGGAGCGCCAUGGAUCUGACGAAGAUGGGCAUGAUCCAGCUGCAAAACCCCAGCCACCCCACUGGGCUGCUGUGCAAGGCCAACCAGAUGCGGCUGGCUGGGACUCUGUGUGAUGUUGUCAUCAUGGUGGACAGCCAGGAGUUCCACGCCCACCGGACGGUGCUGGCCUGCACCAGCAAGAUGUUUGAGAUCCUCUUCCAUCGCAACAGCCAGCACUAUACUCUGGACUUUCUCUCGCCAAAGACCUUCCAGCAGAUCCUGGAGUAUGCCUACACAGCCACGCUGCAGGCCAAGGCAGAAGACCUGGAUGACCUGCUGUAUGCGGCUGAGAUCCUGGAGAUCGAGUACCUGGAGGAGCAGUGCCUGAAAAUCUUGGAGACCAUCCAGGCCUCAGAUGACAAUGACACAGAGGCCACCAUGGCUGAUGGUGGGGCAGAGGAAGAAGAGGACCGCAAGGCUCGGUACCUCAAGAACAUCUUCAUCUCAAAGCAUUCCAGCGAGGAGAGCGGGUACGCCAGUGUGGCUGGACAGAGCCUUGCUGGGCCUAUGGUGGGCCAGGGCACUUCUGUUUCCACCUCCUUUGGUCUCUCAGCCAUGAGUCCCACCAAAGCUGCCGUGGACAGUUUGAUGACCAUAGGGCAGUCUCUCCUGCAGGGGACACUCCAGCCACCUGCUGGACCAGAGGAACCGACACUGGCUGGGCGGCACCCUGCGGUGGCCGAGGUGAAGACAGAGAUGAUGCAGGUAGAUGAGGUCCCCAGCCAGGACAGUCCAGGGCCGGCUGAGUCCAGUGUCUCAGGAGGACUGGGAGACAAAGUAGAGGAAAGAAGCAAAGAGGGUCCUGGGACCCCAACACGCAGCAGUGUCAUCACCAGCGCUAGGGAGCUGCACUACGGGCGGGAGGAAAGCACCGAGCAGCUGCCACCCCCAGCUGAGGCUGGCCAGGGCCCUCCAGGCCGCCUGGAGCACUCUGCACCACCGCCCACCGAGAAACACCUGGGUAUCUACUCAGUGUUGCCCAACCACAAGGCUGACGCCGUGUUGAGCAUGCCAUCUUCGGUGACCUCUGGCCUGCACGUGCAGCCUGCCCUGGCCGUCUCCAUGGAUUUCAGCACCUACGGGGGGCUACUGCCGCAGGGUUUCAUCCAGAGGGAGCUGUUCAGCAAGCUGGGCGAGCUGGCGGUGGGUAUGAAGUCGGAGAGCCGGAGCAUGGGCGAGCAGUGCAGUGUGUGUGGAGUUGAGCUUCCUGACAACGAGGCUGUGGAGCAGCACAGGAAGCUGCACAGUGGGAUGAAGACGUACGGGUGUGAGCUCUGCGGAAAGCGGUUCCUGGAUAGUUUGCGUCUGAGAAUGCACUUACUGGCUCAUUCAGCGGGUGCCAAAGCCUUUGUCUGUGAUCAGUGCGGAGCCCAGUUUUCCAAGGAGGAUGCCCUGGAGACGCACAGACAGACCCACACUGGCACAGACAUGGCUGUCUUCUGUCUGCUGUGUGGCAAGCGCUUCCAGGCACAGAGCGCGCUCCAGCAGCACAUGGAGGUGCAUGCAGGCGUGCGCAGCUACAUCUGCAGUGAGUGCAACCGCACCUUCCCCAGCCACACGGCCCUCAAGCGCCACCUGCGCUCACAUACAGGCGACCACCCAUACGAGUGUGAGUUCUGUGGCAGCUGCUUCCGGGACGAGAGCACGCUUAAGAGCCACAAGCGCAUCCACACAGGCGAGAAGCCCUACGAGUGCAAUGGCUGUGGCAAGAAGUUCAGCCUCAAGCACCAGCUGGAGACGCACUACAGGGUGCACACAGGUGAGAAGCCCUUUGAGUGUAAGCUGUGCCACCAGCGCUCACGGGACUACUCGGCCAUGAUCAAGCACCUGCGGACCCACAACGGCGCCUCGCCCUACCAGUGCACCAUCUGCACCGAGUACUGCCCCAGCCUCUCCUCCAUGCAGAAGCACAUGAAGGGCCACAAGCCCGAGGAGAUCCCACCCGACUGGAGGAUAGAGAAGACAUACCUCUAUCUGUGUUAUGUGUGAAGAGGCACCCCCUGCCGCCAUGGAGGCCGUGAAGCAGGGGCCGGAGCCAGGGGGAAAAAAUCAGGAGAGGGAGAGGACAUGGAGAAAGGACUGCGCACAAA